AUGGUUCUGACUUUCAAAGGCAAGGGAACGACUUUAGCCUUUCUGUUCCAAUCUCAGUCAGGCACUGAUGAACUUAAAAUCGGAGAUGGAAAUAGAAACUCUAACGAUAAAGCUUCACAGGAUUAUUCACAGGAUUUUGAGGAGUUCAAGCAUUUGCGAAGAUGUUGGAGGAGGAGGAAUAAUUCAUUCGUUGACACAUUGAAUAUCAGUAUAUCAUCUAGAUAUCCAUCCUCAAACUCUCCUUUUAUUUCUUUUGCUUGCUAUUUUGCUGUGCUGUUUUUUUUGUCUUCAUGUAGCGCAUGCCAAGCACAGCUUUCUUCUACGUUUUAUGGUGACACAUGCCCCAAUGCACUCAGUACCAUUCGCACAUCCAUCAGAUCCGCCAUUGCAAGAGAACGUAGAAUGGCUGCAUCUCUUAUUCGGCUUCAUUUCCAUGAUUGCUUUGUUCAGGGUUGUGAUGCUUCAAUCUUACUGGACAAUUCCCCUUCCAUCACAAGCGAGAAGUUCGUAACUCAAAAUAAUAACUCUGUAAGAAGCUUUGAAGUUAUAGAUGAGGCUAAAUCUGCAGUUGAAAACGUAUGCCCUGGGCUUGUAUCUUGUGCCGACAUCCUUGCCGUCGCUGCCAGGGAUGCCUCUGAAUACGUAGGUGGUCCCUCGUGGACAGUGAAGCUUGGAAGAAAAGAUUCAACCACUGCAAGCGCCAGUCUAGCUAGCAGAGACCUUCCUCGUUUCGCAGAUGGUCUUCAAAGGCUUAUCGAUCUCUUUGAAAGCAAGGGCCUUAGUGAAAGAGACACGGUUGCUUUGUCAGGUUCUCACACCAUUGGACAGGCGCAAUGCGUGACAUUCAGGGAUAGGAUAUACAGUAAUGGAAGUGACAUUGACGCUGGGUUUGCCAGCACUCGCAGACGCAAUUGUCCAGCUACUUUCCCCAACGGAAAUGGAAAUUUGGCUCCACUUGAUUUGGUCACACCAAAUUCCUUUGAGAACAACUACUUCAGAAAUCUACUGCAAAAGAAGGGUCUUCUCCAGUCGGAUCAAGUGCUGUUCAGCGGUGGAACCACAGAUAGCAUAGUCAACGACUACAACAGGAAUCCUUCAACUUUCAGAUCCGAUGCCAUGAUCAAGAUGGGAGAUAUCGAGCCUCUAACGGGUUCUGCAGGGAUCAUAAGGAGGAUUUGCAGCCGUGUUAACUAGUUCAAUUUUCUGUUUCUUUUCCUAUUCAUAGUCCUCUUUUAAGUGUUUAAAGUUGUUGUAAUGCUUCUUUCCCAUACCUUCAUAGUUUUGUUGCAAGAACUUAGUACGGAGGAUUUUGCAGCCAUUUUAUUUUUCCUAUACUUGUACGUUUAUAUAUGUAAUUUAUCAA